GUUUCCUUUGUAUUGUUGACUGUUGUUAUCGUUUUUAAUUUUUUUUAUUUUUUUGUUUUUACACCAUUCCAACAUUUACAAACAACUUACAGGCUCUAAAAUUGGCCAGUGGGUAUGUGUCUGUCUUUUUUCACUUGACACCAGUAUACCAUUUUAAGAUUUUUCUGUUGCAAAACUAAAAUAUCACCGAGAUCGAACGUUCUAUCAGGACUCAGCCAGAGGGUGGCCUUCACUAUUUUACGCAGCAGAAUGGCUUUGACCGUAGAUCAGAUACUGGAGCAAAUUGGUAGCCUCGGAUUUUAUCAAAUCCGCCUGAUUGCUAUUCUUAGCUAUAUUGAAUGGUUUAACAUAACAUUUCAAGUCAUGGUACCAACGUUCAUCGCCGCUGAACCCAAAUGGAUGUGUGUAGCCAAUCACCGCUCGUGUAACCUGACCGGAGAGUUCAAACCCGGGGAUGAACUGUACAAGAAACGAUGCGAUAUGCCGAGGGAGGCCUGGAAAUUCGCUGAUGAUUACACUUCAGUGGUUACUGAGUUCGACUUGGUUUGCGAUAAAGCUCUUCUUGGAACCAUUUCAACUUCACUCCUGUUUGCCGGCUGGCUUGUGGGUGCGUUAAUCGGCGGAGUUUUAUCGGACAAGAUUGGCAGAAAACCAGUGCUGUAUAUAGGAUCAGUGACCUGUAGUAUCUUCGCUUGGUUGGCUGCUUUCCCAAAUGUCUUCUGGCUUUUCAUCCUGUUUAGGCUUCUUGUUGGCAUCUGUCUCGGUGGUGGAGCCAUGGGAAUCUACGUGCUGGCCACUGAGUUCGCAGGCGUCAGACAUCGUCACGUGGCUGGUACGUCACUUUGGUAUUCAUGGACCUUGUCACUAGUCAUGCUAGCAGGGCUUGCUUAUGGCAUACGUGACUGGAGAUUCCUUUCAAUUACCUGUGCAGUACCUGGACUUAUUUCCUUUAUAGGCUGGUGGUUCACCCCCGAAUCAUCAAGGUAUUUGCUACUCAAGGGGAAAGUUACGGAAACUGAGCAAAUAUUGCGACGCAUCGCUACCACAAACAAGAAAACGUAUCCAGACGAGCCUUUAGUGAAUCCGAAUGCUGAAGGAAAGGUACAGGAUCUGGGUGACUUCAGAGAUUUAUUUCGAACAAAAAAGAUGUUGCACAGGACCCUUGUUUGUUGGUAUGCCUGGUUUGUAAAUGCCAUGGUUUAUUACGGUGUAUCGUUCAGUACUCCAACUCUUGGUGGCAACAUGUACCUGAAUUUCUUCCUGCUAUCCAUCAUCGAGAUUCCUGCAAAUUAUGCCGCCAUCUGGAUCAUGGGAAAGAUUGGUCGUAGAAAGUCGCUGAUUUACUUUCUGAUCCUUGCUGCCAUUGCGUCGACCGGCGCAGUUUUGUUUACUAUGUUCGAUCCAGGAGAUGACAAAUGUUAUGCUGCCGGUAAGAUCAUCAUGGCGCUUGCUGCUAAGUUCUUUGUGUUCAUUUCGUUUGAUGCAGUCUAUGUUUAUUCCGCUGAGCUGUUUCCAACGGCCAUCAGGAAUAUUGGAAUGGGUUCCUCUACAUCUGCGGCCAGGAUUGGUUCAUUCUGUUCACCAUAUAUCGUUCAUCUAACGCGCGUACAUCCUCUCCUCCCGUACGGCAUCAUGGGAACUAAAGCACUGCUGGCCAGUCUGUUGUGUAUGACUUUACCAGAGACAAAGGGAACACCCACUCCUGAGACGAUGGACUCUGAGGAGGGAAUAGAACUGGGAAUUCGAAAUCUGGGCAUGGACGACAUAGAGCUAAAAGAUGAAAAUGAAGUGAAAGAUCCAGAGAAAAUGAAGAAUGCAAAAGAAAAUAGUGAGGAUAAAAGGAAAGAAAAAGAGAAUUAUGGCAACAACAUAAACAGCCGUGAAAGCUUUGAAGACGAUACCCCUCAUGACACCGCUUUUUGAGAUAUAUCUUAUAUAUCUUUGUCAGCUUAUCAAUCUCAGAGUGUGAUGCGAAGUUUUGGUAUAAGCUGUCUUUCUUAGAGUUUUACCAAAUCGACUUUUAGCUUUGGCUGCAUUAUUAGUGUAGGCAAUCACAUAAUUUCGAUUGCAGUUUGGAAUAACUCAGUACGACCAAAUUUUUCAAAGGCUAACCAAAUUGCAAGAGUACUCCUCGGGUUACUCCCUGGAACAAACGGCGGGGAAUGUCAACCGGAAAUUUCAAUAAA